AUGGCACCAAGUCUCUUGCUAGACCCAGAGUCGCCGCCCUCAUCUCAUGUCCACGGAGUCAAGCAACCCUUCCACCACGAUGGGAGUGUCUCGCUCAAGGACGCCCAGGCUUCUGUCGGCGACGACUUUUCUUUUUCUUCCACAGCCAUGAAUGGUAAUGGUAACGGCAGUGUCAACAGCAACAAUGGCUUUUCAUCUGGCAAUGGUUUCUCAGAUGCUCUUCAAGACGGACGCGAUUUCGUUACUGCACAAACUCUUCGUCAGCAAUCUGAAAGCUAUGCAACUCAGACUCGCACCAUGGGGGACGGAAAGCGUCCCAACAUCCUGUACAUUAUGGCCGAUCAGAUGGCUGCACCCAUGCUAAAGUUCAAUGACCCAGAGUCAGUUAUCAAGACACCUCAUCUUGAUGAGCUUGCCAGGACCGGCGUCAACUUUGCGAGCGCUUAUUGCAACUCACCCUUGUGUGCACCGUCUAGGUUCACCAUGUGCAGUGGCCAGCUGCCGUCCAAAAUUGGCGGCUAUGAUAACGCUUCUAUCCUAAGUCCAGAGAUUCCUACCUACGCCCACUACCUCCGCCGAGAAGGCUACGAGACUGCGCUCGCAGGAAAGAUGCACUUCAUUGGCCCUGAUCAGCUCCACGGAUUUGAGCACCGACUCACCUCCGACAUCUAUCCCGGUGACCUCGGAUGGUCUGUCAACUGGGACAAGCCAGAGGAGCGCCAGGAAUGGUACCACAACAUGUCUUCGGUCAUGCAAGCCGGACCUUGUGUGCGAUCCAACCAGCUCGACUAUGAUGAGGAUGUCAUGCACAAGGCCCAACAGUACCUUUACGAUUACGUUCGAUCAGACCCUGAGACUCGGCGACCUUUCGCUUUGACCAUCUCUCUGACCCACCCACACGAUCCUUAUACCAUGAUUCAGGAGUACUGGGAUCGAUAUGAAGGCGUCGAUAUCCCUUUGCCCAAGGUUGAGAUCGCACAAGAGAACCAGGACUCUCACUCCAAGCGUCUGCUCCAGACCAUCGAUCUGUGGGACAAUCCUGUCCCGGAUGAGGCGAAAAUCCGCGCUCGCCGUGCCUACUUCGCCGCGUGCAGCUUUGUCGACGACCAGGUUGGCAAGCUUGUCAGGCUCCUCAAGAACUGCCAGCUAGACAAGAACACCAUUAUUGUCUUUUCCGGAGACCACGGCGACAUGCUUGGCGAGAGGAGCUUGUGGUACAAGAUGAGUUGGUACGAGAACAGUGCACGAGUACCGAUGAUUAUCAACGGACCCAACAUCGCGCCAAAGAAGGUUAAUGAGUCGGUAUCAACCAUGGAUCUUCUACCAACUUUUGUCGACCUAGCUGGUGGACAAGUGGAUGAGCGCCUUCCAUUAGACGGCUCUAGUCUUCAUGACUACCUUGUUUCAGAUAAACCAGGCAAGGAUGAGGUAUUUGGUGAGUACAUGGGUGAAGGCACCGUCACGCCCACGUACAUGAUUCGUCGCAACCAGUGGAAGUUUACCUACUCUCUUGUAGACGGCCCACAACUCUACAAUCUCGUGGAAGACCCGCAAGAGCUGCAAGACCUCGCUACCUCGACGGAGCCUCAAAACCAGAAGAUGCUAGCCAAGUUUGAAGCCGAGGCGCGCGAGAAGUGGGACUUCAAGACCAUCCACAACGACGUUGUGCGAAGCCAGCGCAUGCGCCAGCUUGCUUGCAGCGCGUUGAAGAUUGGCCGCAAAGAGUCUUGGGACUACCAACCGCCGGCCAAUGACAAAGACCGCUUCAUCCGUUCCCACAUUCCUCUGGAUGAGCUUGAACGUCGCGCCCGCUUCCCGAUCGUGGAUUAUCUGGGCCGCGAGAAGUCAGCUUUAGCAUCUCAUCAUGGUCUUGCUGGGGCCAAGGGCCAGUGA